UAAAUACAGCAUGGAGUGAGUGAUGGGAAUUACCUGCGAGUUGUCACGGAAUGGGUCCCUGUCGAGUCGACAGACAGUCGAGCUUUCUGAAGUCGUUAAGCGACAUCUAUGUUCCCAAGUCACGAAGAAGGGACUUUAAUAACAGCCUGGGCAUCUUGGUUCUCCAGAGAUUAGAAAAUCGAGGUAUAAAAAAAAAUGGGGUCCAGAGAAUCGCAGACUGUUACAAUGAACUUGCAACUGAAGUUCAGUUGCAGUAUUAGUGUCGCAUCAUCAGGGUCGAGACAGAUUGACACGUCCGAAACAUGAACCGGAAUGCUUGUAUAUUCCAAAACUCUGUCGCCCAGUGUGAAGGGUAGGUUAAUCACAGAAGUUCUUCGUUAUAUGGUCAUAUCAGUGAGUGCUGUAAGAAAACAGCAACAAUCCGAAGAGAAGAAUCUGAUUAGUAUUGGAUUGUGAAAGUCAAGAGAAGACCAAGAGGAACUUCACUGGGAACCCCAUGAUUACAAGCUUAAGUUUUAAUGGAUCAGAAAAAGACAGCUGAAGAAACCAGAUAGUCAUCAUGGGAAUAUGUACCAUUGACAUUUCGUUACUAUUUCGAAGUAGUGGGAGCGGGUGAGUUCAGGUUUGUGAAAAUUCGAAGGGAUGGUUCGCAAGAGCUGAACGUUUUGACUUUCGCACUCUAGGUCGUGGUCAUGAUCACACAUACUCCCCCAUUCAAUGUACAAGGCAACGUCCACGGAGGUACAACAUAUGCAGAACAUCGAGCAAGUGUUAUUCUGUUAGAACCAAUCAUAUAAAUCCCCGAUUCUUGACGCAGAGAGACUCGGGCUAGUGAGCUUCGACUUCCAUCCUCCUCCGAUCCUCAUCUGAUCCACGAAAGUAAGUCAACGAAGGACCUGGUAAGACUUGCAACCAGCUCCUACUUCUACAAUAUAGCAUAUUGAAGCAGGGCUGUAAGGCUAGGCUGUUGUGGAAUACCCAAGCAAUGAACUAGACUGAAGUACCUAGUCGACACAUCGAGUGUGCUCACUGUUCCACAUCGAUCUACGAUAAUAGUGUAGCAAGUACAAGGUAUGAUGGUUCAGUCUUAAAUGGCCUUUCAGAACUUUGUACCGUUCGUGACUACGACUUUGACCGAGAUUGUACUACCAGAUCCCAUGGCCAGCUAAGUUCGAAACCCAUAUACUAAAACUGGAGCAGGAGCCUGGCUUCGAUUCAACCCUGGCUACGUAGCGGACCGAUUUAUCCUGACUAGGGAGUUUUGCUGCAAGUGCAAUGAAUACCGAACCCGCUGUGGGCUCUUCGAUUACCGUUGACUGAUAAUACACGAUGAUGGCUGCUAGUUGUACAUGUAGCUCUUAGGACAGUUGACAUUUGGGUUAAAGACAGACAAUGUGACACGUUUCAUGGCUUCGGACAUAGACUACGCGUGAUCCAAAUAUCUCUCAACCACACUGGACUCAAUUUUGGUCGAUGGUCUCCGCCAAUGGAUGUACUUACUUCGGUCCUUGAAAGACAACAUUGCUUUUGACAACACUUGUUAGAGUGUGAUCACGUAAUGAAGCUUCAGUUUCAGACAUGCAGUUUGAUUCCUGUAGCGUCGGUG